AUGGCACCUGCGAUCCGCGCGGUCACCCAGACGCUUAUUGAAGACACCACCUUCGUGAAAGUCGUCACUCUUGAGAAUAUCAAGCCAUGGCCAACGUUGAACUUGGUUACAUAUACAGUGACGAAGCCACAUACGACUGUCAUUCGAGUCAUCGAUACAGGUCCAACUCCUACGCCUGAGAGUCAUCAUCCAAUUAAAAGCAGAGAACUAUCAGACGGAAAGAAAGGUGCAAUAGCAGGGUCUGUUCUCGGAGUUGUGGUCUUUCUUCUGCUCCUUUACUAUUUAUAUGUAUGCCGUUUGCAAUGGGGGACAUCUAUUACAAGACCGGCCAAAUUGCCACCUGAUUCGAAAGAUCCCGAAGCGUCAGACCCGACGCCUCCAGACCCUGCUCCUAUACGCCAAGCCGAUCAUUACACCUCUUGUGAGGAUAACAACGGAAAUGAGCGUGCGGACCGGGCUUCAGACAAGGGAGGGAAGAUUGGGAAAACCAGUUCGCUUUUUGAUUCGAGAACGGGAGAAACCGCCGAGGGUGAAGAAGCGUCGGAGACAUAG